GCUCGACCUCACAGGCCGGAAAUGGCGCCCGCUCUGAUGUCCUACAUUCCUUUCCAGGUUUCAGUCAUAUUUCUGUGCGAUGUCCUUGCAAAAUAUGAAUGUGUAACGAUGAAUUGACUGUUUGUACGACUUUGACUGCUUUUAUCGGCCUCUGAAAGCUCGCCGAAUCAAACGAUGCGGUGUUUACAAGACCGAAGAUCGUCAAAAAGAAGCAAAAAACGAUGCGGCCUAAUGUAGAAGAUGAGGAAGAAGUGACAGGCUGAGGAGUUCACCACAGAGCAGGCAUGUCCUCAAAACUCCAAGCGUUUUCCUCCCCCUCCGUGUCGUCCAGUGGCCUCUCCCGCUCCAAGAAACUGAAGGUGGAAAACCACGUUUGGAAUGUGAGCAGCCAAUCAGAAGAGAGCACCUGCUACCAACCGAGCCCAAAUCAGACUAAUGGCUCCUCCCCCUCUACUUCCGGCUUCAACCCCAGCUAUUCCUCCAACUUGGUCUUUCCCCCAUCCGGAAGUUCGCGGCAACAGGCGGUGGUACGUGCCGCGGACAGCACGGGCAGCAUUCCAGAGCCUUCGUCCUCCUCUUCCUCGUCGUCUUUAUCGAGUCGACGUGGAAAAGACGAGGGUUACCGAAAACAUGGCGGUCUGAAGCGCAAGAUCGAAGAGGUGGACAGCAGCGACAGCGUGCAGAUCUUAGAGGAGCUCUCUGCUCCCGUGCUUCCCAAUCGCGUUCCCGGAGGCAACGCUACGGCUCAGUCGAUCGUUCAUUCUGCGUCCACCACCAAGAGCAGUAACUCCCACAGCGAAGGAGACUACCAGCUGGUGCAGCAUGAGAUCCUGUGCUCUGUCUCCAACAGCUAUGAGGUGCUGGAGUUCCUUGGACGUGGGACGUUCGGACAGGUCGCCAAGUGUUGGAAGCGAGGAACCAAUGAGAUAGUGGCCAUUAAGAUUCUCAAGAAUCAUCCGUCAUACGCUCGCCAGGGUCAAAUAGAGGUAAGCAUCCUUAGCCGCCUGAGCACGGAGAACGCCGAUGAAUUCAACUUUGUGCGCUCCUACGAAUGCUUCCAGCACAAGAACCACACCUGUCUGGUGUUUGAGAUGUUGGAACAGAACCUCUAUGACUUCCUGAAGCACAGCAAGUUCAGCCCACUGCUCCUGAAGUGCAUCCGGCCGGUCCUGCAGCAGGUGUCUACGGCUCUGUUGAAACUGAAGAGUUUGGGUCUCAUCCAUGCCGAUCUGAAGCCUGAGAACAUCAUGCUGGUGGACCCCAACAGACAGCCAUAUAGAGUCAAAGUCAUUGACUUCGGUUCUGCCAGUCACGUCUCAAAGGCUGUGUGCUCAACCUACCUACAGUCUAGAUACUACCGAGCUCCAGAGAUCAUACUUGGCCUUCCGUUCUGCGAAGCCAUUGACAUGUGGUCACUGGGUUGUGUCAUAGCGGAGCUGUUUCUGGGCUGGCCUUUAUAUCCGGGAGCCUCUGAGUAUGAUCAGAUCCGGUACAUUUCCCAGACUCAAGGAUUGCCAGCCGAGUAUCUCCUGAGCGCAGGCACUAAAACCAGUCGAUUCUUCCACAGAGGGCCGGACUCCAGCUACCCUCUCUGGAGACUGAAGACUCCCGCCGAGCAUGAGGCAGAGUUUGGGAUCAAAUCCAAAGAGGCUCGCAAAUAUAUUUUCAACUGCCUCGACGACAUGAUGCAGGUCAACAUGACUAAUUUGGAUGGCACAGAUAUCCUGGCUGAGAAGGCUGAUAGGAGGGAGUUCAUUGACCUGCUGAAAAAAAUGCUAACACUAGACGCAGACAAGAGGAUCACACCCACCAAGACCCUCAACCAUCCGUUUGUGACCAUGGCUCACCUUCUUCACUUCCCACACAGCUCACACGUGAAAUCCUGCUUUCAGAACAUGGAUAUCUGUAAGCGCAGGUGUACUGUAUUUGACAACAACAAAAACCUGUUCGCCAGCCAUAACACACCCAGCGCGGGCGCCAACCUCACCGUCACCUUCAGCAGUCAGCUUAAUCAACACAAUCAGAUGGCCUCCGCAGGGGCUCAGUCCUUGUCUCUGAGCAGCAACGUUCCGUUAUUGAACUACCAGCCGGGUCUGUACCAGCAGGCCACUAUAAAUAUACCAGGCUUGGCCCAGCAGAGUGUCCCGUUACAAGCUCGCCCUACUCAGCUGUGUGCCCAGUCUGAGCCCUUCCAGCAAACCCUCAUUGUGUGCCCUCCUACCAUACAGGGACUGCAGACCUCCAAUAAGCAUGCUGGUUAUCCAGUGAGAAUGGACAAUGCAGUUCCCAUAGUCCCUCAGAAUCAAUCCACUCAACCUCUGCACAUUCAGCCCAGCAUGUUGACACAGUUCCUCCACCCAUCCCUCUGUCUCCUCCCCAAUCAGAGUACCAGCACGCCACUGACCGUGUCCUCACUGCGACUUCCAGUGGCUGGAUUGACUCCGCUGGGCUCUCGGCGUCUGGAGCAGAGUGCCGCCAUGCUGCAGGGCUGGCCAGCGGGCACACAACAGAUCCUCAUACCCUCCUCAUGGCAGCAGAUGUCGGGCAUGGCCAUGCACAACCCCAGCCACCCUGUGCUGUCUGAUUCCCCGCUGGCCUCAGAUAACACCAGCUGGAGGGGUCGACAUGGAGGUCAGUGUGAUGGGCCGCAGCAGGGCUCUACUCAGGGUCGUAAUGCAGGUGCACAGGUCCCAUCUGCGGGAGCGGCCAACAGUCAAACACAGCAGAAUGAAGUGAAGAAAUCAAAAGGUCGUCGGGCCCAGGACAGAGCCAGGCCCGUGUCCUCUCCGCAGUCAACACCUUCGGGGUCACACAACUGCGGUGAUGCGUCCCAGCCAAUCAUUAUCUCUGACACGCCCAGCCCUGCUGUCAGCAUCAUCACCAUUCACAGUGACACAGAGGAUGAGGAUGACAGGAAGUGUCCACCUGAAAGUGGCAGCUGCAGCGUGAAUCAGCGAACCAACGUCAUCAGCUGUGUGACGGUCCAUGACUCGCAGGAUUCCGACUCAUCCAGCAGCACUCCUCUCAGCCCCAGACACCUCCCAAACUUUACUGAGAACAACACGCGCUCCUCCAGAUCUCUGGCCGUGGUCAUGCCGUCAGUGAAAGCACAGCUUUGGGAUGAACCUUCAUCGGAAUUUCAAAGCAGUAAUAGUACUGGAAAAUCAAAGAAAGGUACAAAUGCACAAUCCAGUGGUGACCGCCAUCAGAGGGCUGCGCCCGACAGAUCUCAACCUCUAAACCUGAGCCAGGCACAGCAGUCAAUGAUGUCAUCUCAUGACCGCGCAGGGGGCGUAUCCUUAAGACGCCAGCCCACAUACCCUCCGACAGGCCCCUCCCACUCCUACAGGCUACAUGAAGCGUCGCUUUUUGGCUCCGCCUCCAGUCUCUACGCAUACCCGGCUUCAGCUGCCCUGGCCUCUGUGUCGCAAGCAGUGGACCAGCUGCAUAAUUCAGCCGGUUCCUCCUCUUCCUCCAGUCGGCACGCACGCGCCCCCGGGCCGUACUCUGCCUCUUUGAGUCUUUUGCAGAAGAACAGCGUCAUGGGCGUCAUGUGUCAGACAUCGACUCCGUACCAGCAGUCUGCGCAGUCAUACCAGCGUUCUGCAGGGUACCCCCUCAGUCAAAGGAAACUCAACCAGUUCCCUUACCUGUGACGUAAACCCGAACACUAGACUUGGAUAUGGAGAUGUGAUUGGGAGUGUAUAGUUUAAUUUUAUCUUUUAUUAUAGUGGCCUUUAAUUCUUUUUAUUCUAAGCAUUUCAAAGCUGCACAGCAUCUUAAAAUUAUGUUUACCUGUUAGCUUGCAUAUAAUGUAAGAGGCUUACGCGUCCACAUUUUCCCAGAAAUGCUUUUGCUCAGUGUAACAUAUCAAACUUUUUAUGAAAAUCACUGAUCUGAGACAACAAGAAAAACUGAAGUUUAACAUUGCACAGUAUAUAUAAUGUAUUAUAUACUGCUAAAAUGGAAUGUAGUAUGAUGGUAUAGCCAAGGUUAGUAGAUAUAUGAAGAUCUAUGAAAUAUAUUGUAGUAGAGUUCUCUAAAAAAACACAAUUUGGUUUACAUAAAGAAACAUGCCUACAGUGGUUAGCAAAGGAAAGUAGAUAGAUGUAAACAGUCCAAAAAUAAUAAUUUCAAAUAAGCUAUGUAUGUAAAAUAAUGGUUUUUAAAAACGUGCAAUUAGAGAAUUAUAUGUUUAUCCUAAAUGUUUUAGGUACAAUUUGCGAGUCAUUGUGUAGUGACUACCAAAAUAUCCACUAAAUCAGGAUUUAAAGGGAUAGUUCACCAAAAAAUGAAAAUUCUGUCAUCAUUUAUUCAUUCUCAUGUUGUUACAAACCUGUAUACAUUUCUUUGUUCUCUUCAACACGAAGGAAGAUAUUUUAAGGAAUGUUUGUAACUAAACCGUUCAUGAGCCCCAUUCACUUCCAUAGUAUUAUUUUUUCCUACUAUGGAAGUGAAUGGGGCUCAUGAUUGGAUUGGUUACAAAUCAUACUCGGAAUAUCUUCAUUUGUGUUCAUCAGAACAAAGAAAACGCUUGUAACAACAUGAGAGUGAGAAAAUUUUUAUUUUUGGUUUAACUUUCCCUUCAACACAAUUAAAAAUGUGUUAAGAAACUGGCAGAAUAGAUUGUGCCAGUCUGCUUGUCCAUACCCGGUAUUUUUAGCGGCAUCUAGCUGUGAGAUUGCGAAUUGCAAUCAACCUCAAUUUCGAAACGCAAUGAGAAGCUACGGUAGCUGCCACAGGACAAAAAUGUCGUCGCCUGAGACAACGUAGGGACGAAACGCGCUCUGUACACUGCAAAAAAUGAUUUUCAAGAAAAAAAAUUCUUAGUAUUUUUGUCUUGUUUUCAGUAAAAAUAUCUAAAAAUUCUUAAAUUAAGAUGCUUUUUCUUGAUUGUUUGUUUUAUGCACAAUAUCACUUAAAUUUGAUAUUUUUGGUCUAAAAACUAGACUUAUUUUCUUGGGUCGUUUUGCUCAUCAAGAAAAAGCAUCUUAAUUUAAGAAUUUUUAGAUAUUUUUACUGAAAACAAGACAAAAAUACUAAGAAUUUUUUUUCUUGAAAAUCUAUUUUUUUUCUUGAAAAUCAUUUUUUGCAGUGUAGAGCAGUUUUUACGUUUAGGGCUACUGUAGAAUCUUGGCGGCGACUUUCACGUAAGGGCACCUGCGGUGUAUGCAUUGCAGUUUUGUUUACCAAUAUUAUUACAGAAGAUAUUUUCUAAUAAUGGACAUUAAGGAUGUAUAUUAGUAUUAUUAAAGGGAUAGUUCACCCAAAAAUGUAAAUACUGUCAUCUCAUCAUGUUGUUAUAAACCUGUAUGAGUUUCUUCUGUUGAAUACAAAAGAACAUAUUUUGAUACAUUAUGGUAAAAACACAGUUAAAGUUACCCAGUAAGUUUCAUAGUAUUUGUUUUUCCUACCAUGGAAGUCAGUGGGUACCAUUAUCAGGUUUAAAACAACAUGAGGAUGAGUUAAUGAUAACAGAAUUUUUAUUUUUGGGUGAAUUAUCCUUUAAGUCCAGCCAAACAACUGCACUUAAGUAAAUCUAAUUUUAUCUAAACACUUAUCUCACAUUUACCCGUUUAUUAAAUAACCGUUCAAAUGGUUUUAUUUUUACGUUUACAGUUGACGCAUUAAAUGCUUCCAUUUAAAAUGUGUUGUAUGAUAACAGAAAGCUCUUAGUAUUAUGUUUUUACAAAAAUGUUUUGACGUUAACAUUGCGCUUUUAUUUAUUUUAAAUAUGUGUGGACUUAAAUGGUUAUUUGCAUCUUUGUUUUUAUGUAACAAAUUAACGAUGCUCUCUUUUUAUAUUCUUUAUUUUACAGACCUUGUAUCAUGUUUAUUACCUUCAUUUACGCUUCAAUUUUGCUAGCACUUACUCGCACACAUUUACAUAUUUGUAUUUUAAAGGUGUAAUGUGUAUUUUUAGCGGCAUCUAGAAGUGAGAUUGCGGAUUGCAAUCAAACUCAAUUUCGAAACACAAUGAGAAGCUACGGUAGCCGCAACAGGACAAAAAUGUCAUUGUUUGAGUUAACGUAGGGGCGAAACGCGCUCUGUAGAACAGUUUGUCAGUUUAGGGCUAUCGUAGAAACAUGACGGCGACUUUCAUGUAAUGUAAGGAGACAUAAAAUGGCUUAUUCUAACGUAAUAAAAACAAUACAGUUCAUUAUGUAAGGUUUGUAUUGUUCAUUAUGUAUAUUAUAUUGCAUUGCGAUUCUUCUAAAAUUCACACAAUGCACCUUUAACAGCCUUUUCUGUGUUUUUCAGUCAUAACUUAAACUGAAUUUUGUCGGUAUGUAUUGUGGUGUAUUGUCACGUAUUAUGGCUUUAGCACAAUGUCUUUACACCAUUUCCUAACCAAUUAGAACUCAAUAUUUCAGAUUCAGAUGAGCAAGUUUUAACAGCUUGUUGCCUUUAUACGCACCUGGAGUAAGACUUGGUGUCAGCUAAAAAAAAGAUUAUUAUUAUUAUAGAAAAUGUGAAAAAAUCAAGUAUGAUCUCCUGAAAGGUUUUGCUAUAUAAAGUGUCUUGUGUGGGAUAUGAGAGAGAUCUCGUAAACUGAUAGCACUGUAACUAUUUAGAUAGCAUUUAAACAGACGGUUGACAUGUUAGCUGUUCAUCUUCUCGGUUGACCUUGUGCCUAGUUAUGUCACAUAGAGCACUUUUUGUGUCGUACUGAGCUUGUUGGGUGUUUAUUCUUGUGAAUUUGGCAGGAUUUUGCUGAAGUCUUGGCUUUGGUGCAAUGAUGGCUGUUUAUACUGUUAGAUCACAUUGUGAAGUGCGCAGUGGACUUCAUCACAAUAAACUUCGAUACGCAACACA